GAGCGGUGCUGCUGCAGCCAUUCGGAGCCCUCAAUCCAGGGCCACACGCUCAUGCUCCUCCUUCCCCGGCCGUCUAAAGAGGCAAGCUUGCCCUUCGCUGCGUUUUCUCAGCAACGUUCCUGUCUGUCCUUCGGGCUCAUUCCUCAACAUUCCUUCGGAGCCCCCUUUCUUCCCACCGCGGGCCAGAAAUUAGAAAAAAAUCCUCCCCGGAUUUCCUUCAGACGAACACACACAGAGACACGCUUGAACCAUGAUCGCGGCCGCCUUUUUAGUCUUGCUGAGACCUUACAGCAUCCAGUGUGCCCUCUUCUUGCUGCUGCUGCUGGUGGGGACCAUCGCCACAAUUUUAUUCUUCUGCUGCUGGCACCGUAAGUUCCAGAAAGGGAGGCAUCCGAUCAAAUCGGUCUUUUCAGGGCGCUCAAGGAGCCGAGAUGCUGUAAUGAGAACUCAUCACUUUCGUUCCGAGGGUUUUAGACCGAGUCCACGCCAUGUCAGAAGACGUGUAGUCCCUCGCCUUGAAGAAAUACAGCCCCUGGUAGAAGCACGUCAACUGAGUGAGCAAGAAACAUCAGUUAAGAAAAGAAAAAUCAAGAAGAGUAGCAGAGUCCAACCAGAAUUCUACCAUUCCAUUCAAGUCACACCUACUCGAAAGCCGAGCUCGGGAAACGCUUCUUACAGAUGCUCCAUUUCUUCCUCUGCGGAUUUUUCCGACGACGAUGAUUUCAGCCAAAAAUCUGGCUCCCUUUCUCCGGCUCCGGGUGACACCCUACCGUGGAAUCUACCUAAACACGAGAGAUCCAAGAGGAAGAUUCAAGGAGGAUCCGUGCUGGACCCCGCUGAGAGAGCUGUGCUCAGGAUAGCCGAUGAACGGGACAAAGUACAAAAGAAAACAUUCACAAAAUGGAUAAACCAGCACCUCAUGAAGGUUCGCAAGCAUGUUAAUGACCUGUACGAAGACCUGAGAGAUGGACAUAACCUGAUUUCUCUUUUGGAAGUUCUUUCAGGAGAUACUUUACCCAGAGAGAAAGGACGGAUGCGCUUUCACAGACUACAGAAUGUCCAAAUUGCCCUUGAUUAUUUGAAAAGACGGCAGGUGAAACUGGUGAACAUUCGAAAUGAUGACAUAACAGAUGGGAAUCCUAAAUUGACAUUGGGAUUAAUAUGGACCAUAAUUUUGCACUUUCAGAUUUCUGAUAUCCAUGUUACUGGAGAGUCAGAGGAUAUGUCUGCUAAAGAGCGAUUGCUUCUUUGGACACAACAGAUAACAGAAGGUUAUUCUGGAAUUCGUUGUGAAAAUUUCACUACUUGUUGGCGAGAUGGGAAAUUGUUUAAUGCCAUCAUUCAUAAAUACAGGCCGGACCUGGUAGACAUGAAUACUGUUGCUGUUCAAAGCAACCUUGCAAAUUUAGAGCAUGCUUUUUUUGUAGCCGAAAAACUUGGAGUUGCCAGGCUUUUGGAUCCUGAAGAUGUUGAUGUCUCCUCGCCAGAUGAGAAGUCAGUAAUCACUUAUGUAUCAUCACUUUAUGAUGCAUUUCCCAAAAUACCUGAAGGUGGUGAAGGCAUCAGUGCACAUGAUGUUGAAGUCAAGUGGAUUGAAUACCAGAAUAUGGUGAACUACCUCAUCCAAUGGAUUAGGCACCAUGCCACAAUAAUGGUUGACAGAGCAUUUCCAAAUAAUCCUGUGGAACUCAAGGCACUUUAUAACCAAUAUUUACAGUUUAAAGAAACAGAAAUUCCACCGAAGGAGAUAGACAAAUCAAAAAUCAAACAUCUGUAUAAAUUAUUAGAGGUUUGGAUUGAAUUUGGGCGUAUCAAGCUUCCUCAAGGCUACCACCCAAAUGACAUUGAAAAGGAAUGGGGGAAGCUAAUUAUUGCUAUGUUGGAAAGAGAGAAAAUGCUCCGACCAGAAGUUGAAAGGUUAGAUAUGCUGCAGCAAAUUGCAAACAGAGUCCAGAGGGACAGCCUGAGUUGCGAAGACAAACUAAUGCUUGCUCGAAAUGUUGCGCAGUCAGAUAGAAAACGAUUAGAAGCAGGUCUCCAGUUCCAAAAUGAAGCUGAGAUUGCAGGCUAUCUACUGGAGUGUGAGAAUCUUCUCCGCCAACAAGUUAUGGAUGCCCAGAUUCUUACUGAUGGAAAAUAUUAUCAAGCGGAUCAGUUAGUCCAGAGGGUUGCAAAACUCCGAGAUGACCUUAUGGCCUUAAAAGCUGAGUGUUCCUCAAUCUACAAGAAGGGGAGAAUACUGACAACAGAACAGACCAAGAUGAUGAUAUCAGGAAUAACACAAAGUUUAAACUCAGGAUUUGUACCAAACCUAAGCCCCAAUUUAAACUCUGGACUAAAUCAGGGCUUAUCCCCCUCCUUGACCUCAUCCACUCUGAUGUCAGGUUUUUCCCCAAGACUGACUCCAGCCAUCACCCCAGCAUACACUCCAGGGUUCCCACCACGAUUAAUUCAAAGCUACGUAACUGGAGUUGACACAGGUGCACUGCAAACACUCAAAUUGACACAGAUCCGAAAACCCCUGAUGAAAUCAGCUUUUAUUGAUCAGAAUUUAACAGAAGAAGAAGUCAAUAUGAAAUUUGUCCAGGACCUCUUAAGAUGGGUAGAUGAAAUGCAGGUGCAACUUGAUCGGACUGAAUGGGGUUCAGAUUUGCCAGGUGUUGAAAGGCAUGUUGAAAAUCAUAAGAAUGUUCACAAAGCUAUUGAAGAAUUUGAGUCAAGCCUUAAAGAAGCAAAAAUCAGUGAGAUCCAAAUGACUGCUCCCCUUAAACUCAGCUAUGCAGAAAAAUUGCACAAACUGGAGAGCCAAUAUGCAAAACUUUUGAAUACAUCAAGAAAUCAGGAAAGACACCUUGACACCCUUCACAAUUUUGUAUCACGUGCCACUCGGGAACUUAUAUGGUUGAAUGAAAAAGAGGAGGAGGAAGUUGCACAUGACUGGAGUGAAAGAAACACAAAUAUAGCAAGGAAAAAGGAAUAUCAUGCCGAUCUGAUGAGAGAACUUGAUCAGAAAGAAGAAGUUAUUAAAUCAGUUCAGGAAAUAGCAGAACAAUUGCUCUUUGAAAACCACCCUGCAAGAUUAACUAUUGAGGCCUACCGAGCUGCAAUGCAAACACAGUGGAGCUGGAUUUUACAGCUUUGCCAAUGUGUUGAACAGCAUUUAAGAGAAAACACUGCAUAUUUUGAGUUUUUCAGUGAUGCCAAAGAAGCUAUAGAUUACUUGAAGAAUUUAAGAGAUGCUGUACAUCGAAAAUACAGUUGUGACAGAUCCAGCAGUAUUCAUAAACUAGAAGAUCUGAUCCAAGAGUCUAUGGAAGAAAAAGAACAGCUCCUGCAGUACAAGAGCACAGUGGCAGGCCUUGUGGGGAGAGCAAAGACAAUAGUUCAGCUGAAGCCAAGGAAUCCCGAUAAUUCCCUCAAAACAUCCAUUCCAGUUAAGGCCAUCUGUGACUAUCGACAGAUUGAGAUAACCAUUUACAAGGAUGACGAAUGUGUCCUAGCAAGCAACUCUCAUCGGGCAAAAUGGAAAGUGAUUAGUCCAAGUGGUAACGAGGCCAUGGUUCCCUCAGUUUGUUUUACCAUUCCUCCUCCCAACAAAGAAGCCAUAGACACUGCAAAUAGAAUUGAACAGCAGUAUCAGAAUGUCCUGGCUCUGUGGCAUGAAUCGCACAUAAAUCUGAAGAGUGUAGUUUCUUGGCACUAUUUAACAAAUGAAAUUGAAACUGUUCGAGCAAGUAAUGUGGCUUCGAUCAAAACACUCUUGCCGGGUGAACAUCAGCAGGUUUUAAGCAACUUGCAAUCCCGCUUUGAUGAAUUCUUGGAAGACAGCCAGGAAUCCAAAAUCUUCUCUGUUGCUGACAUUGCCCAGUUGGAAAGGGAAGUGAGUGUAUGCAAACAGUACUACCAAGAGCUCCUGAAGUCUGCUGAGAGAGAGGAGCAUGAGGAAUCCAUUUAUAAUUUAUAUAUCUCAGAAGUUCGAAACAUCAGACUUCGGUUGGAGAAUUGUGAAGAUCGUUUGAUUAGACAAAUUCGAACUCCGCUGGAGAGGGAUGACUUACCUGAAAGUGUGUUUCGUAUCUCUGAGCAAGAGAAGCUUAAAAAGGAGCUGGAUCGACUCAAAGAUGAUUUGGAAACAAUCACCGAUAAAUGCAAUGAUUUCUUCAGCCAAGCUGCUGGUUCACCCUCGGUCCCAACUCUGCGGUCUGAACUUAAUCUUGUAAUUCAGAACAUGAAUCAGGUUUACUCUAUGUCUUCCAUUUACAUAGAAAAGUUAAAAACUGUAAAUUUGGUGCUCAAAAACACUCAAGGAGCUGAAGCACUAGUAAAACAGUAUGAGACUAAACUUUGUGAAGAAGACCCAUUAACUGCGGACAAGAGCAAUAUUGAGAACCUGAUGGGUACACUGAAGCAAUGGAGAUCUGAAGUUGAUGAAAAAAGAGAAGUAUUCCAUGCCCUAGAAGAUGAACUCCAGAAGGCAAAAGCAAUUAGUGAUCAGAUGUUUAAAACACACAAGGAACGGGAUCUGGACUUUGACUGGCACAAAGAGAAAGCGGAUCAAUUAACUGAGAGGUGGCAAAAUGUUCAUUCUCAGAUUGAAAACAGGUUGCGUGACUUAGAGACUAUCAAUAAAUCACUAAAGUACUACAGGGAUACUUACGGUGCAUUGGAUAACUGGAUUAAGCAAGUUGAAGAAACUCAGCAAAAAUUUCAGGAAAACCCACCCCAGAGCAGUAAAGCUCUGGCAAAACAGCUAAAUGAGCAGAAGAUGCUAGUGUCUGAAAUAGAGAUGAAACAAAACAAACUAGAUGAAUGCCAAAAAUACUCAGAACAGUAUUCAGCUGCAGUAAAGGAUUAUGAGUUGCAAACAAUGACAUACAGAGCCAUGGUUGAUUCCCAGCAAAAAUCCCCUGUAAAACGCAGAAGGAUGCAGAGUUCCUCUGAUUUCAUUAUCCAAGAGUUUAUGGAUUUACGAACACGCUAUACAGCCUUGGUAACCUUGAUGACUCAGUAUAUAAAGUUUGCUGGUGACUCUUUGAAAAGGCUAGAGGAGGAAGAGAAAUCAAUGGAAGAGGAAAAGAAAGAACAUGUUGAAAAAACUGGGGACUUACUGAAAUGGGUUACAGAAAUCACCAAGAGCAUCAACAAAGGUGGUGGAGAAAGGGCUGAAAAAGCAGAUUUUCUUAAGAAGCAGAUCUCUUCUGAUGAAUUAUCAGCCAAGAAAGAACAGAUAUCAGAGGCUUUGCAAGCAACCCAGAUAUUUUUAGCAAAACAUGGUGACAAAAUGACAAAUGAGGAGAAAAAUGAAAUGGAAAAUCAUAUGAAGUCCUUGCAAGAAUGUUACAAACUCUUAUCCAAUGAAGGUUUGAUACAGUUGGAAGAAGAAAGAAAUAUAGAUGAUGAAAACAUGGAUGCAAAGGAUUUGAUGGAACAACACCAGGAAUUCAGGGAAAAAUUACAGGAUAUAUGUGAUCUCCUCACACAGACGGAAAAUCAGAUCAUCGGCCACAAAGAAGCCCUCGUGAUUGAAGAUAGCAAGACUGAAUUACAGCAAUACCAAGCCAGGCAAGAGGAGCUGCAGAAAGAUAUGCAAGCAAAUACACAGGCAUUGGCAGAAAUUGUGAAAAAUACAGAAAUGUUCUUGAAAGAAAAUGGAGAAAAGCUGCCACAGGAAGAUAAGACUGCUCUGGAGAAGAAACUGCAUGAAGCAAAAACUAAGUGUUUGCUGCUUAGCCAGAAGGCAGAGGAAUCCAGAAAACAGCUGGAUAAAGCUGUGACAACAGCUAUUAAACAAGAAACAGAAAAGGUUGCAGCUAGACAACAACUAGAAGAGAGCAAAAAUAUAAUAGAAAAUCUUCUGGAUUGGUUGUCAAAUGUAGACAAAGAUGCUGAACACAGAGAUACAAAAUGCAAGCCAACGAUCAAACUGAAUGGUACACAUUUCCAUGAAGGAGAUGAAGAGGAUUUGAUUGGAGGGGAAGAUGAAGUAAAUGGCAACUUGCUGGAAAUCCAAGAACAGAAUGAAACUCAUGUAGAUGGACAACAUACACUUUUGGAAGAUAAUCUCAACAUGCAAUACCAGAAAGCUAAGGCGCAACAUGAAAAGAUUAUUUCGCGGCAACAAGCUGUCAUUGUAGCAACACAGUCAGCUCAGGCUCUGCUUGAGAAGCAAGGACAUCAUCUUUCACCAGAGGAAAAAGAAAAAAUCCAAAGGAACUUGAAGGAGCUGAAGGUGCAAUACAAGACUGCAUUAGCUGAGUCAGAACAGAAACUGAAAUUAACUCGCUCACUACAGGAGGAGCUUGAGAAGUUUGAUGCAGAUUAUGGUGUGUUUAAAACUUGGCUGCAACAGGCAGAGCAAGAACUUGAGAACCUGGAGAUUGGAGCCACUGACUUUGGCGGUAUUAUCAUCAAACUACAAAGGCAGAAAAGUUUUUCCGAAGAUGUCAUUUCUCACAAAGGGGAUUUGCGGUUCAUCACCAUUGCUGGACACAGAGUAUUGGAUGCUGUUAAGUCCUGCAACAAAAUAGAAGGUGUCAGAUAUGAGAAAGAAGGCAUGGAUACUUCAUCUACUUACACAGAAGUACAGAAUAAGCUGGAUAGAGCAACUGGUCGCUUCAAAACUCUCUACUCCAAGUGCAGUAUCUUUGGAAAUAACCUCAAAGAUCUGGUAGAUAAGUAUCAGAAUUACAAAGAUGCUUCAUCUGGACUUCUGUCUGGACUUCAGGACUGUGAAGAAGCUGUGAAUAAGCAACUAUCUGAGUCAAUUGCUGGGGAUCCAAAAAAUCUUCAAAGGCAGCUAGAAAAAACCAAGGUGCUUCAGGGACGAGUGUCUAGUCACCAGGUUGCAGUAGAGAAACUGAAAAAAGCGGCUGAAGUGCUUUUUGACACCAGGGGAAAAUUAUUGCCAGACAAAGAUGAAAUCCAGCAUACAUUGGACACUAUUGUAGAUAAGUAUAACCAGUUAUCUAAAGCAGUGAAUGAUCGUAAUGAAAAACUCCAAAUUACUUUGACUCGUUCAUUAAGCGUUCAGGAUGGAUUAGAUGAAAUGCUUGAUUGGAUGAAUGUUGUUGAGAAGAAUCUUGAGGUACAAGGCCAAGUGCCUUUGAAUUCUGCUGCUAUUGAAGAUGUCAUUAGGAAAAGUAUGGCGCUAGAACAAGACAUCAUAGGCCGUCAGAGCAGCCUAAAUGCCAUGAAAGAAAAAAUGAAUAAAUUCAUGGAAACUGCAGAUCCCUCAACUGCAUCUUCUUUAGAAACAAAAAUGAAUGAUCUUUCCCAGCGGUUUUGUGAAGCUAAUAAUAAACAUAAGAAAAAACUGGAAGAUAUGGAAAAAUUGAAGACCAAAGUGGAGGUGUUUGAAAGUCUGUCUGAUAAACUUCAGUCAUUCUUCAACAAGAAAGCUCAAGCCCUCAGUGAGGCUGAUAUUCCAGGAAAGGAUGUUGCUGAAAUGUCCCUCUUUGUGCAGGAAACCAACACAGAAUUGAUGGAGCAGAAAAAAGAUCUUGAAGUUUUGCAACACCUCAUUGAAGAACUUUCUCCUCAUGCUCUUCCAGGAGACAAGUCAUUAGUGUUAGAAAAAGUAAAUGCCUUGUCAAAGAAAUUCAGGGAAAUGGAAGAAACGACACGAGAAAAAGAGAAGGAUGUGUUCUCUUGCCAACAACAAAUGGAUGCAUUCAAGUGUUUUGUUGAGUCUCUGAAGAAAUGGAUAGAUGAAAUGACAGAAAAAAUUCCCCAAGUACAGCCCUCUUUAAAUACUGAUAGCUUAAAGAAACAUUUGCAAAGCACGAAGGAUUUGGAAGAUGAAUGGAAUACAAAGGCACCUGAUAUUAAGAAAAUGAAUAGCAGAGGAAAUACUUUGUGUAACCUAAUUAUUGCUGUGACUUCCACUGCAAAGCCAUGGGGAGUAAAAUCAGAUGUAACUGGGACAAUACUGAAUGGAGAUGAAACAGCUACUGGUGACCAGGGUUUCAUGACAAACAAAGAACUGACCACUAUUCAAAAUAACAUGUCAACUGUAAAUCAGAGUUAUGAUGAUUUGGGAGCAAUACUGAAGGACAAAAGAUCAGAACUGGAAUCAAUGCUUUUAAAUGUGCAAAACAUUCAAGAAGAAACAAGUUCAAUGAUGGAAUGGUUACAGAAAAUGGACACAGUUGCAGCCAAAUGGGAAACAACUGUUCUUGACAGUGAAACAGUUAAAGAAAAAGUUGAUCAACAUAAGCUGUUUGAAACAGAAUUGAAGCAGAACGAGAAUAAAGUGCAAGAGCUGAAGGACAGAGUCACAGAGCUGUUGGGAAAAAACCCUGAUUCUUCUGAGGUGCCAAAAUGGAAACAGAUGUUAGAGAAAAUAGAUUCCAAAUGGAAUGAACUCAGCCAGGUAGCAGCUGAUAGACAGAAAAAAAUGGAGGAAUCAUCAAAUUACCUGACCCAAUUUCAGGCAACCGAGGCUCAGUUAAAACAAUGGCUGGUGGAAAAAGAAUUAAUGAUCAGCGUGCUUGGACCACUAUCGAUUGAUCCAAAUAUGCUAAACACACAGAAACAGCAAGUCCAGAUUCUGCUCAAAGAAUUUGACACCCGGAAACCCCAGUAUGAACAGCUGACUGCAGCAGGUCAAGGAAUCCUCCAGAGGCCAGGAGAACACCCCCCUUCUCAUGAAAGAGUGAAGCAGCAGUUGAUGGCAGUGGCACAGAAAUGGGAUGGUUUAACAGGACAACUGAGUGACCGCUGUGGUCGGAUUGAACAAGUCAUUGUCAAAAGCACAGAGUACCAGAACUGUCUGAAGAGCCUCUCUGAGAAACUUAGCACCCUGGAGAAUAAACUCAGCCAGAACCUGGCUAUAAGUGCAGACCCUGAUUCUGUGAAGCAGCAGUUGGAAACGGCCCAGGAAAUGAAAGGCGAAAUAGACCAGGAAAAGCUACAUAUCAAUGCUGCUCAGGUUGUGUGCGAGGAACUGUCUGUGUUGGUGGCAGAAGAUUACUUGAGAGCUGAACUUGUUAGGCACUUAGAAGGUGUCUUAAAGCCUUUCAAGGAGAUAGAACAAAAAGCAAGCAGUCUCAUUGAACAACUUCAGUUAACAUAUGCAAGUUCUCAUCAAUUCCAACAAAUGUCUAAGGACUUUCAAGUGUGGCUGGACUCAAAGAAGCAAACACAAAAUCAGUCUCGUCCCAUUUCCACUAAGCUAGAAUGCCUGCGGUCAUUAAUUGAGGAUCAGAAAGAAUUUAAGGCAGCAUUGUCUGACCAGAUUGGUUCUUAUGAAAAAAUAAUUGAGGAAGGUGAAAAUCUGCUUCAAAAGACUCAAGGGACAGAGAAAACUGAAUUGCAGUCCCAGCUGAACAUGUUGAAAGGUAACUGGGAUCAGUUGCAUAAACAAGUGAAUGAAAGGCAAGGUAAGUUGAAUGAUUGUUUGGAAAAGGCUCUCAAAUACAAAGAACAUGUAGAGUUCCUGCAACCCUGGAUAGCCAAGUGUCAAAAUAACUUAUCAAAAAUUAAAAUAGGCAUCGAUCCUUUUGAGAUAGAGAAUUCCAUUGCUCAGGUGAAGAUUUGGCAGAAGGACUUGGACAAACACCAAGGGAUUGCUGAACUAUUAAGUAAUGCAGCAGAGAAUUUUCUUAGUGCCUGUCAAACUGAUAAAGAUAUUAUUGAAGAGGAAAAGACACUCUUGAUGCAGAAGAUGGAUAUGGUCACAGGACAGUUACAUAUUAAAAGAGAUAAUUUGGAAAAGAUGUCUCGGAGGUUAAAAGCGUUUCAAGAAUCAUCCCAGGACAUUAAGGAGCAGUUGAAGAACACUAGGGAACAGUUAGAAAUACACAAUGCUCUUAAACCCCAGACUUAUAGUAAUAAACAUUUAACUAUUAUGCAGACUCAGCAGAAAGCACUUCAGACAUUAAAGUUACAAUUGGAUCUGACAAAAAAUCUUGCCCAGGAUCUGGUGGUGGAUGCUUCUGAUGCAACAAAUGUCUCUGACUUCUUGUUGCAGGCUGAAUCAUUAGAAGAAGAAUUCAACACUGUCAGCCAGCAGGUUGAAGAUGAAUGUUCCUUCCUGGAGACUAAGCUCCAGGGAAUUGGCCAUUUCCAAAAUACUAUACGAGAGAUGUUUUCUCAGUUUGCAGAGUGUGAUGAUGAGUUGGAUAGUAUGGCUCCCGUGGGCAGAGAUCUUGUCACUCUGCAGUCCCAACAAGAGGUUAUCAAAACUUUCCUUAAAAAAUUAGAGGAACUGAUCAGCAACAAUGAAAAUGCAAACAAGUCAUGUAAAGUUAUGUUAGCAAGUGAAGCAGAGGCAUCUCCUGAUCUUGCAGGUAUAAAAAGGGAUUUAGAGGCUCUGAAUAAGCAGUGCAACAAAUUAUUGGACAGAGCAAAAGCCAGGGAAGAACAGAUUGAGGGGACUAUUAAUCGUGUUGAAGAAUUUUACAGCAAACUAAAGGGAUUUUCCAAACUGCUUGAGCAAGCUGAAGAACAUGAAGAGUCUCAAGGUCCUGUUGGAAUGGAAACAGAGAUUAUUAAUCAACAACUGAAAGUAUUUAAGGUAUUUGAGAAAGAAGUGGUUGAACCACUGCAACUUAAACAGCAGGAGGUAAAUUGGUUGGGUCAAGGCCUUAUUCAGAGUGCUGCUAAAAAUGCAAGUACUAAUAACCUUGAGCAUGAUCUUGAAGAUGUUAAUACAAGGUGGAAAACUCUCAACAAAAAGGUUGCUCAAAGAGCAGCACAGUUGCAAGAAGCAUUACUGCACUGUGGGAGAUUUCAAGAUGCUGUUGAAUCUAUUCUUAGCUGGUUAAUUGACACAGAAGAUCUUGUGGCUAAUCAGAAGCCCCCAUCUGCUGAGUUUAAAGUUGUGAAGGCCCAAAUACAGGAACAAAAACUUCUUCAGAGAUUGUUAGAUGACCGCAAGCCUACUGUUGAAUUGAUCAAGCGUGAAGGGGAAAAAAUUGCAGAGUCAGCAGAGCUGGCAGAUAAAGAAAAGAUCUUGAAACAGCUGAGCCUCCUGGGUAGCAGAUGGGCUGCAUUGCUUGAUAAAGCAGAAAUGAGGCAUCGCCAAUUGGAAGGGAUUUCAACCGUAGCACAGCAGUUCCAUGAAACCUUAGAGCCACUGGUUGAAUGGUUAGCAACUACUGAAAAGAAGCUUUCCAAUUCGGAACCCAUUGGUACCCAGGCUUCCAAAUUACAACAACAAAUUUCUCAACAUAAAACCUUAGAGGAGGACAUCACCACUCACAAUAAAAAUCUACAACAAGCAGUUAAUAUUGGUCAGUUUUUAAAAACGUUGAGCUCCAGGGAAGAUAAAGAGAUGGUCCAAGAGAAAUUAGAUUCUUCAGAAGCCCAAUACACUGAGGUUCAAGAGAAAAGCAGAAGUAGGGCUGAGCUCCUGAACCAAGCCUAUUGCAAUGCUCAGAUUUUUGGAGAAGAUGAAGUUGAACUGAUGAACUGGUUGAAUGAAGUCCAUGAGAAACUGAGCAAAUUGGCAGUCCAAGACUGCAAUACUGACAUACUAGAGAAACAGCACAGUGAAAUGCUGGUUCUUCAAGAAGAGAUUAAAAUUAGAAAAGAUAACGUUGAUCAAGCUAUACAAAAUGGUUUAUUGCUUCUUAAACAAACUACAGGUGAUGAAAUUGUCAUAAUUCAAGAUAAAUUGGAAGGCAUCAAAGCAAGGUAUAAGGAUAUCAUUAACUUGAGUUCUGAUGUGUCCAAGACUUUAGAAGAGGCUCUUCAGCUUUCCAGGCAACUCCAGUCGGCUCACAAAGAACUCUGUUCUUGGCUUGACAAAGUUGAAGUGGAAUUACUUUCAUACAACUCUCAAGAUCCCAAAGGCAAAGAACUAAGUGAAGCGCAAGAAAGACAAAAAGAACUGAAAAAAGAAGCAAAGGAUAAGAAAAGUGUAUUGGACAAUCUCAAUGAGGUCAGCAGUGCUUUGUUGGAACUGGUGCCAUGGAGAGCAAGGGAAGGGAUAGAUAAAAUGGUUACAGAAGACAAUGAGCGAUACAGAUCAAUGAGUGACACUUUAAAUCAAAAAGUGGAAGAAAUUGAUGCUGCUAUUUUAAGAUCACAGCAGUUUGAUCAGGCAGCUAAUAAUGAAUUAGCCUGGGUUGACAAAACAGAAAAGAAACUGAUAUCUCUGGGCGACAUAAGACUUGAACGGGACCAGACCUUUGCUCAACUGCAAGUUCAAAAGGCAUUUACCAUGGAGAUUUUGAAACACAAGGAUACAAUAGAAGAACUUGUUUCAUCUGGGGAUCAGAUCAUGAAGACAUGCACAGAGGAGGAGAAACGAAGUAUGAAGAACAAACUAGAAAGUCUCUUACAUAAAUACGAUAUGCUCUGUCAAAUGAACUCCAAGAGAAACUUACAGCUAGAACGGGCUCAAUCUCUAGUUAGCCAGUUCUGGGAGACUUACGAAGAGAUUUGGCCGUGGCUAACUGAAACCGAGAUGAUAAUCUCACAGCUUCCAGCACCAGCUCUUGAAUACGAAACUCUAAGGCAGCAACAAGAAGAAUAUCGGCAACUCCGAGAGUUGAUUGCUGAACAUAAGCCUCACAUAGAUAAGAUGAACAAAACUGGACCUCAACUUCUGGAGCUGAGCCCAGGAGAGGGAUUUUCAAUCCAAGAGAAAUAUGUAGCAGCUGAUGCUCUUUACAAUCAAAUUAAAGAAGAUGUCAAAAAGCGGGCUCAAGCUCUGGAUGAAGCCAUUUCUCAAUCAACUCAGUUCCAUGACAAGAUAGAUUCAACUAUUGAGAACCUGGAACGUAUUGUUGAACGCUUGCGGCAGCCACCUUCAAUCUCAGCUGAAGUUGAAAAGAUUAAAGAACAGAUCAGUGAAAAUAAGAAUGUCUCUGUAGAUUUGGAAAAACUACAGCCAGUAUAUGAAACACUCAAACAGCGUGGAGAAGAAAUGAUUGCACGUUCAGAAGGAGCUGAUAAGGACAUAUCUGCUAAAGUGGUUCAAGAUAAGCUCGAUCAAAUGGUCUUCAUCUGGGAGGAUAUCCAUGCAUUGGCUGAGGAAAGAGAAGCUAAACUGCUUGAUGUCAUGGAAUUAGCAGAGAAGUUCUGGUGUGAUCACAUGGCUCUCAUAGCCACCAUCAAAGAUACUCAAGAUUUUAUCCGAGAACUAGAAGGGGCAGGGAUUGACCCUUCAGUGGUAAAGCAACAGCAGGAAGCCGCAGAGACCAUCAAAGAAGAGAUAGAUGGGUUACAAGAAGAACUUGAUGCAGUUGUGAAUCUUGGCUCCGAACUCAUAGCUGCAUGUGGCGAACCUGACAAACCUUUAGUCAACAAAAGUAUAGAUGAGCUAAAUUCCAUUUGGGAUGGUUUAAAUAAAGCAUGGAAGGAGCGUGUUGACAAGCUUGAAGAAGCUAUGCAGGCUGCUGUUCAGUAUCAAGAUGGACUGCAGGCUAUAUUUGACUGGGUGGAUAUUGCUGGUAGUAAAUUAGCUUCAAUGUCACCAGUUGGAACAGACCUAGAAACCGUAAAACAGCAAACAGAAGAGCUGAAGCAAUUUAAAAAAGGAGCCUACCAGCAACAGAUAGAAAUGGAACGAUUGAACCAUCAAGCUGAGCUGUUGUUGAAAAAAGUCACAGAGGAAAGUGAAAAGCAUACUGUUCAAGAUCCUUUGUCUGAACUCAAGUUAUUAUGGGAAUGUCUAGAAGAAAAAAUCAUUAGCCGCCAGCAUAAACUGGAAGGUGCUUUAUUAGCUUUGGGACAGUUCCAGCAUGCUCUGGAUGAGUUGCUGACAUGGCUGACACACACUGAAGACCUGCUGAAUGAACAGAAGCCAGUGGGAGGUGACCCCAAGGCUAUUGAAAUUGAACUGGCCAAACAUCAUGUGUUGCAAAAUGAUGUCUUAGCUCACCAGUCUACAGUGGAAACAGUUAAAAAAGCAGGAAAUGACCUGAUUCAAUCAAGUGCUGUGGAAGAAGCUAGCAAUCUACAAAGUAAACUUGAGCUUCUGAAUCAACGGUGGCAAAAUGUCUUGGAAAAAACAGAGAAAAGGAAACAACAGCUGGAUAGGGCCUUGAUCCAGGCCCAGGGUUUCCAUGGUGAUGUUGAAGACCUACAACAAUGGCUGACAGAAACUGAGCGUCACCUUUUGGCAUCAAAGCCUGUUGGUGGUUUACCAGAGACUGCAAGAGAGCAGCUUAAUACCCAUGUGGAACUUUGUGCUGCCUUUGAAGCUAAGGAAGAAACUUACAGAUGUCUAAUGCAGAAAGGCCUACAGAUGCUUGCAAGAUGCCCAGAGUCUAAGGAAACUAAUGUUGAGCAGGAUAUAAAUAAUCUUAAAGAAAAAUGGGAAUCAGUAGAAACAAAACUCAGCGAAAGAAAAAUAAAACUGGAAGAAGCCCUCAGUUUGGCAACGGAGUUCCACAAUUCACUUCAAGAUUUUAUCAACUGGCUUACUCAAGCUGAGCAAACUUUGACAGUGGCUUCUCGGCCAAGUCUUAUUUUAGACACUGUCCUGUUCCAGAUUGAUGAACACAAGGUCUUUGCCAACGAAGUAAAUGCUCAUCGUGACCAGAUUAUCGAGCUAGACAAAGCUGGAACUCAUUUGAAGUACUUCAGCCAGAAACAGGAUGUUGUCCUCAUUAAGAAUCUGCUCAUUAGUGUCCAGAGCAGGUGGGAAAAAGUAGUUCAGCGCUUAGUAGAAAGAGGAAGAGCUUUGGAUGAUGCAAGGAAGCGUGCCAAACAGUUCCAUGAAGCUUGGAUCAAACUUACUGAAUGGUUGGAUGAUUCAGAAAAGUCUUUAGAUGCAGAAUUGGAAAUUGCAAAUGAUCCAGACAAAAUUAAGAUGCAGCUUGUCCAGCAUAAGGAGUUCCAAAAAGCUCUUGGAGCCAAACAUUCUGUGUAUGACACCACAAACAGAAGUGGACGUUCUUUAAAAGAAAAAACCUCCCUUGCUGACGACAGUCUGAAACUGGACGAUAUGUUGAGUGAGCUCAGAGACAAAUGGGAUACAGUCUGUGGAAAAUCUGUAGAAAGACAAAACAAACUGGAAGAAGCCCUCCUGUUUUCUGGACAAUUUACUGAUGCUCUUCAGGCUCUCAUAGAUUGGCUUUACAAAGUAGAACCGCAGCUGGCCGAAGAUCAGCCUGUGCAUGGAGACAUUGAUUUAGUGAUGAAUUUGAUAGAUAAUCACAAAGGCUUCCAGAAGGAACUGGGGAAAAGGACAAGUAGUGUUCAGGCUCUGAAACGCUCUGCUCGAGAGCUGAUAGAAGGUAGCCGUGAUGAUUCCUCUUGGGUUAAGGUUCAAAUGCAGGAACUUGGUACUCGGUGGGAGACUGUGUGCACACUCUCUGUCUCCAAGCAAACACGACUGGAACAGGCCCUUCAUCAGGCAGAGGAAUUCCACUCAGUUGUCCAUGUGCUUCUGGAAUGGCUGGCUGAGGCUGAGCAGACCCUGCGUUUCCAUGGUAUCCUUCCAGAUGAUGAAGAGGCUCUGCGUAUGCUAAUAGAUCAGCAUCAGGAAUUCAUGAAGAAACUGGAAGAAAAAAAGAGUGAGCUAAAUAAAGCCACAGGUAUGGGAGAGGCCAUCCUGGCUAUUUGCCAUCCGGAUUCCAUCACUACCAUUAAGCACUGGAUAACAAUCAUCCGGGCAAGAUUUGAAGAGGUGUUAGCAUGGGCAAAGCAGCAUCAGCAGAGAUUGGCAGGAGCCCUGGCUGCCCUUAUUGCUAACCAGGAGUUAUUGGAAGCAUUAUUGUCCUGGCUGCAGUGGGCAGAGACAACGCUGAAUGAAAAAGAUAAGGAAGUCAUUCCUCAGGAGAUUGAUGAUGUCAAGGCACUCAUAGCUGAGCAUCAGACAUUCAUGGAAGAAAUGACCAGAAAACAGCCGGAUGUGGAUAAAGUUACUAAGACACAUAAAAGAAAAGCCGCUGAAACUGGCCCAAUCCAAUCUCAUAUUCCUGUAUUGGAUAAGGGAAGAGGAGGAAGAAAACGUUCUCCAAUCCCAAGCAUAUAUCCUUCAGGUGCCCAGACCCAAAUUGAAACAAAGAAUCCACAGAUUAACCUUUUGCUCAGCAAAUGGCAACAAGUCUGGCUUCUGGCCCUGGAGAGACGAAGGAAACUGAAUGAUGCCUUAGACCGAUUAGAAGAGCUGAGGGAAUUUGCCAAUUUUGAUUUUGAUAUUUGGCGGAAAAAGUAUAUGCGGUGGAUGAAUCACAAGAAAUCUCGAGUAAUGGACUUCUUUAGGAGGAUAGAUAAAGAUCAGGAUGGAAAGAUAACAAGACAGGAAUUUAUUGAUGGGAUUCUCUCUUCAAAAUUUCCUACUAGUCGCUUGGAAAUGAGUGCAGUAGCAGACAUUUUUGACAGAGAUGGUGAUGGCUAUAUUGACUAUUAUGAAUUUGUAGCAGCACUUCACCCGAACAAGGAUGCGUACAAACCUCUGACAGAUGCAGACAAAAUUGAAGAUGAGGUGACAAGGCAAGUAGCAAAAUGUAAAUGUGCAAAGCGAUUCCAGGUGGAGCAGAUUGGUGACAAUAAGUACAGAUUCUUCCUGGGAAAUCAGUUUGGUGAUUCCCAGCAGCUUCGUCUUGUCCGUAUCCUGCGGAGCACUGUUAUGGUUCGUGUUGGAGGUGGUUGGAUGGCACUAGAUGAGUUCUUAGUGAAAAAUGAUCCAUGCAGAGCAAAAGGGAGGACAAACAUGGAGCUCCGUGAGAAGUUCAUUUUGGCAGAUGGUGCUUCCCAAAGUAUGGCUGCCUUCCGAUCAAGAGGACGUAGAUCACGGCCUUCUUCAAGGGGUGCUUCACCCAACAGAUCCAUGUCUGUGUCCAAUCAACCUGCCCAAGGAAGUCCAGCUUCAGCUCUUGCUGCUAGCACACCCAAGACACCCCAUCCUUUAACACGCAACUAUGGUAAACCAUGGUUGAUAAACAGCAAAACGUCAUCUCCCUGUAAGCCAUCAGAGUGCUCUGAAUAUCAAGUAUCAUCCACAGAGGGAACUCCAAUACAAGGGAGUAAACUUAGACUGCCAGGAUAUCUGUCUGGGAAAGUUUUUCAUUCUGGAGAAAAUAAUGGCCUAAUUUCAACAGCAGCCUCAAGAGCCAGAGCACAUUUUGCAGAAACUAGAAAAGCACCAAGCAGGCCUGGAAGUCGUGCUGGAAGUAAGGCCGGCAGCAGAGCAAGCAGCCGCCGGGGCAGUGAUGCUUCUGACUUUGACAUUUCGGAAAUCCAGUCUGUGUGCUCAGACCUGUCAGAAACUGUUCAUACCCCAGUCAGACCAACGCCCCGACCAAAUUCUCGGUCCGCCUCGGGAAAGCCUUCCAAAAUUCCAACUCCGCAAAGACGAUUGCCGGCCAGCAAAUUAGACAAGUCCUUCAAGAGAUAAUGCAGUUGGCUCCUCAAGGUCUUUUCUUUGUGCAUUAAAUAUUUAAGUUUGUAAGAUGUAAAUUAUCCUGUAGAAAUUAUUGUGAAAUAUGAUGAGAGUUGGAUUUUUAAUUUUGCAGAUGGCCUUAUUUGUGUAUUGGUCUUGUUAUUUUAUGUGUAUAGUUUUUGUCAACUUUUGUUUGUUUAUGCCAUAUUCUAUGUGAAUAGGAGAACAUUUUUUUAAUGUAAACUAACAAUUGUUUGCAGUAACAUAUAGAGAGAUCACUAAAAGCAGUUACCGCUGACUCUUUGCAUCAUACAUCCGCCUGGCCUGUUGCUUCAUCAUUUACAGUAAAGGAUACCUCAGAACUUGGUCUUCAUACAAAUGACAAAAAGCAAAAUAAUACAUUUUGAGCUAACAGCGUGGACCUUAAUGACAUGUGACCGGAAUCUAAACAACAGGAAGUGAAGACAUGGUUCUUUUUGCAGUUACAGUAAUUAAACAAUAUCUUCCAGAAAAUUCAUAAAUACUCCAAUAUAUUCCCAUGUUUUUCUGUGUGCUGUUGCUUUAAAAGAUGGCAGAAACAAUCUUGGUAUGGGGGGGUCUUACACUUGCAUCCAAAUGUCAGUAUAACCUGCAUUCGUGGUAAUGUGAGGUUUUUUUUUGCUUGAGUGGAUGAUAGCAUUGUAUCAUUGGACUCAUUUUAUAUCAAAGCAGUUUUGCUUGCAGAAAGAAAAAAAAUCUACAAAAUAAAUCUUGUCCCUUCUCUUUA